GGGUAGCGUAGAAGAUAAAACACAGGUACGUACCAUCAUAUGCUUGCAGUAGUUUGUACUCACACAAAUGCACUCUCAAUCAUAUCCUCCGCCUCUUUCUCCCAGCGCACCACCACCCCCCAUUGACAACUCUCUCUCUCUCUUUAAAAUCACUCACUCCUCACCCCAAUUUCGACCAGCCCAAUUACAAUCACCACCACACGUCCCUUUCUCUGAAAAUCAGAAUGAUCAGAAAUCACAGAAUUCUCUUCCUCUCUCUCUCCCUCUUCGUUUCGCAAUUGAAUGUCUCGUUGGCGACUUCAGCAAUCACGGCAGUGUUAAGAGACCAAGUGGCCUGCACAAUGUGCGACUCCUGCGACAACCCGUGCCAGCCAUUUCUCUCUCCUCCUCCUCUGCCGCCGCUUCCGCUGUGUCCUCCACUACCAUCUCCGCCGCCCCCGUCACCACCGCCACCGUCCUCGGACCCCAACUGCCCGCCUCCGCCGUCCGCUCCAAGCCCUGCAAUCAGCUUCGACUCGCCGCCACCGCCAGUGCUGCCGUCGGUUCCGACAUUUGGUUACUAUUCACCACCACCCCCGUCCCCGUCGGAGAGCGGUGGAGGCUGGUAUUAUCCACCGCCAAAUGGAUACAGUUUUCCCGCCCCGCCACCUCCAUUCCCAAUUCUUCCCUACUUCCCGUACUGCUGUUAUACCCCUCCGCCCUCUGAUUUCAUGAACUCCUCCGUUCCAUCGGCAAAACACUCUGCUUUUGUUACCCUUAUUUUACUUUUUCUAAUCAUGUCAUUUUUCUGAGAAUUAACUCAAGUAGCAUAUAUGCACCCUUAUUUUCCCUCGAUCUCCAUAUUGGAAAGCUGUUGUGCAGCUUGUGCUUAACAACCAUGGAAGAAGAAUAGGCACAUGGAGGAGGAUUGAAGAAGAAGAAGAAGAAGAAUUACUCAUUGUACUGACUGGGGAUCGAGAGAGAUCAUACUGUAAUAAUUUGGUACUCCUAGCUUCUUUGUUCUUUUAGAAUGUUCUAAUAAAAUAAAAAUAAGUGAUUUAAUA